AUGUCUAUCUCCUCCAUCAAAGGCUUGCUUUCCAGCUACUCUCCCGUCUCUGAAUUCUCCCCCGAGCAUGACCUGGAAAAGGAAUACCCUCUAUCCCUGCGACACGAGAGCGAUAGCGAGUUAACAGCCGGCUCAAGCAGCUCAGUAUGUCGGGAAGGAGCGGAGAAGAAAGAGUCCAAACUCAUCGACGGACGUAUCGUCUCCGACGCCAUUAUCGGUCUCUCCGACGGCAUGACGGUGCCAUUCGCCCUCACCGCCGGUUUAUCAGCGCUGGGUGACACUAAGGUGGUCGUUUUCGGAGGCAUGGCCGAGCUCAUUGCAGGCGCUAUUUCCAUGGGGCUGGGCGGUUACUUGGGUGCAAAGAGUGAGGAGGAGUCUUAUCGCGCAACAUUGAAAGAGACCAAACAAGAAAUUCGGAACGACCCCGCCUCAGUGACUGACACCAUUGCUGAUGUCUUUGCGCCUUAUGAUCUCCCGUCCGAAUUGGUGGUGGAGCUCACGCGACACCUCUCCACCUCCCCCAUGCUCCCUUCCUUUCUCAUGAAUUUCCAUCAUACCGUCCAGGAGCCGUCGGGGUCGCGGGCCUGGGUGUGUGCCCUGACCAUUGCCUUGGGGUACUUCAUCGGCGGGUUUGUGCCGCUCCUCCCGUACUUCUUUGUCGGGCCCCAUGGCGCCUUCUAUGCCUUGCAGUGGUCGAUCGCCACGAUGGUGGUCGCAUUGUUCCUCUUCGGAUAUGGCAAGACGUGCUUUGUGAGUGGGUGGAAGGGAUCCAGGAACAUCCGGCGAGGACUUAUUGGAGGCUUGCAGAUGGUUCUGGUCGGAGGAGUUGCGGCUGGGUCAGCGAUGGGACUGGUGAAGGGAUUUCAGAUGCUGGCGGAUGCUCAUCAGGGACAUGAUCACCAAUGA